CGCCGCGAGUGUCGUGCACAACAUGGCGGCGCCCAGGGAUGCUGAGGACGCCGGCGGCCGGUGAGAAGCUGCGUGUGUCCCGAGUGCGCGGCGAGGUCGCUACGUCCCGUGUGUCCUGCGCUCAGAUCUUGCGCGGUCGUCCUCCCAGGUCCCCGCGCGAUGUGGAGGACCUGCCUCCGGCUGCGGGACGGGGGACGCCGCCUCCUGAACCGGCCCCGGGGUGGCCUCAUCGCCUCCGAGGGGCUGGGGCCCAGUCCCCCGACCCCCGCCCGGGCGUACGCGCCCCCGGCAGAGAGAAAGCGGUUUUAUCAGAAUGUCAGCAUCACACAAGGGGAAGGUGGCUUUGAGAUCAACCUGGACCGCAGGAAGCUGAAGACGCCCCAGGCCAAGCUCUUCACCGUCCCCAGCGAGGCCCUGGCUGUCGCGGUGGCCACGGAGUGGGACUCCCAGCAGGACGCCAUCAAGCCCUACACCAUGCACCUGACCACGCUGUGCAACACCGCCCUGGACAACCCGACCCAGCGAGACAAGGGCCAGCUGAUCCGGGCGGCACUCAAGUUCCUGGACACCGACACCGUCUGCUACAGGGUGGAAGAGCCGGAGACGCUGGUGGAGCUUCAGAGGAACGAGUGGGACCCGGUGAUCGACUGGGCCGAGAGGAGGUACGGCGUGGAGAUCAGCUCCUCCACCAGCAUCCUGGGGCCCAGCAUCCCCGCCCGGACUCGAGAGGCGCUGGUCAGCCACUUGGCGUCUUAUAACAUGUGGGCCCUACAAGGGAUCGAGUUUGUGGUGACCCAGCUCAAGUCCAUGGUGCUGACGUUGGGCCUGAUCGACCUGUACCUGACGGUGGAGCGGGCCGUGCUGCUGUCGCGCCUGGAGGAGGAGUACCAGAUGCAGAAGUGGGGCAGCAUCGAGUGGGCCCACGACUAUGAGCUGCGGGAGCUGCGGGCGCGCACGGCCGCGGGCGCCCUCUUCGUCCACCUCUGCUCCGAGAGCACGACGGUCAAGCACAAGCUCCUGCAGGGGUGAGGCUGCGAGCUCGAGAGACGCCUGUCCUUACAUGUCAGUCCCCUGGAAGCGCUGGGGCCCAGAGUCCGCGCCCCUCGUCCCGCCUCCCCGCAGGGCUCACUGCGCAGCCCUCAGCCCCAAGGCUUUUCUUUUUUCUUGGUUUUUAAUCAAACGAUCUUUCCAACGUGA